AUGGACGUGGACGUGGACGUGGACGUGGACGUGGACGUGGACCUGGACGUGGACGUGGUCGUGGACGUGGACGUGGACGUGGACGUGGACGUUGACGUGGACGUGGACGUGGUCGUAGACGUGGACGUGGACGUGAACGUGGACGUGGACGUUGACGUGGACGUGGACGUAGACCUGGUCGUGGACGUGGACGUGGACGUGGACGUGGACGUGGGCCUGGUCGUGGACGUGGACGUGGACAUGGUCGUGGACGUGGACGUGGACGUGGACGUGGAGGUGGACGUGGACGUGGACGUGGACGUGGACGUGGACAUGGACGUGGACGUGGACAUGGACAUGGACGUGGACAUGGUCGUGGACAUGGACGUGGACGUGGACGUGGACGUGGAGGUGGACGUGGACGUGGACGUGGAGGUGGACGUGGACGUGGACGUGGACGUGGACGUGGACGUGGAGGUGGACGUGGACGUGGAGGUGGACGUGGACGUGGACGUGGAGGUGGACGUGGACAUGGACGUAGACGUGGACGUGGACGUGGACGUGGACAUGGACGUGGACGUGGACGUGGACGUGGACGUGGUCGUGGACGUGGACGUGGACGUGGACGUGGACGUUGACGUGGACGUGGACCUGGUCGUGGACGUGGACGUGGACGUGGACGUGGACGUCGACGUGGACGUGGACAUGGACAUGGUCGUGGACGUGGACGUGGACGUGGACGUGGACGUGGACUUGGACAUGGUCGUGGACGUGGACGUGGACGUGGUCGUGGACGUGGACGUGGACGUGGACGUGGACAUGGACGUGGACGUGGACGUUGACGUGGACGUGGACGUGGUCGUGGACGUGGACGUGGACGUGGACGUUGACGUGGACGUGGACCUGGUCGUGGACGUGGACGUGGACGUGGACGUCGACGUGGACGUGGACAUGGACAUGGUCGUGGACGUGGACGUGGACGUGGACGUGGACGUGGACUUGGACAUGGUCGUGGACGUGGACGUGGACGUGGACGUGGACGUGGACGUGGACAUGGUCAUGGACAUGGACGUGGACGUGGACAUGGACGUGGACGUGGACGUGGACGUGGAGGUGGACGUGGAGAUAGACGUGGAGGUGGACGUGGAGGUGGAGGUGGACGUGGACGUGGACGUGGAGGUGGACGUGGACGUGGACGUGGACGUGGACGUGGACGUGGACAUGGACGUGGACGUGGACAUGGACAUGGACGUGGACAUGGUCGUGGACAUGGACGUGGACGUGGACGUGGACGUGGAGGUGGACGUGGACGUGGACGUGGAGGUGGACGUGGACGUGGACGUGGACGUGGACGUGGACGUAGACGUGGACGUGGAGGUGGACGUGGACGUGGAGGUGGACGUGGACGUGGACGUGGAGGUGGACGUGGACAUGGACGUAGACGUGGACGUGGACGUGGACAUGGACGUGGACGUGGACGUGGACGUGGUCGUGGACGUGGACGUGGACGUGGACGUGGACGUGGACAUGGACGUGGACGUGGACGUGGGCUUGGACGUUGACGUUGACGUGGACGUGGUCGUGGACGUGGACGUGGACGUGGACGUGGACGUGGACAUGGUCGUGGACGUGGACGUGGACGUGGACGUGGAGGUGGACGUGGACGUGGACGUGGAGGUGGACGUGGACAUGGACGUAGACGUGGACGUGGACGUGGACAUGGACGUGGACGUGGACGUGGACGUGGACGUGGACGUGGUCGUGGACGUGGACGUGGACGUGGACGUGGACAUGGUUGUGGACGUGGUCGUGGACGUGGACGUGGACGUGGACGUGGACCUGGUCGUGGACGUGGACGUGGACGUCGACGUGGACGUGGUCGUUGACGUGGACGUGGACGUGGACGUGGACGUUGACGUGGACGUGGACGUGGACAUGGUGGACGUGGACGUGGACGUGGAGGUGGACGUGGACGUGGACGUGGACGUGGACGUGGACGUAGACGUGGACGUGGAGGUGGACGUGGACGUGGAGGUGGACGUGGACGUGGACGUGGAGGUGGACGUGGACAUGGACGUAGACGUGGACGUGGACGUGGACGUGGACAUGGACGUGGACGUGGACGUGGACGUGGACGUGGACGUGGUCGUGGACGUGGACGUGGACGUGGACGUGGACGUGGACAUGGUUGUGGACGUGGUCGUGGACGUGGACGUGGACGUGGACGUGGACCUGGUCGUGGACGUGGACGUGGACGUCGACGUGGACGUGGUCGUUGACGUGGACGUGGACGUGGACGUGGACGUUGACGUGGACGUGGACGUGGACAUGGUCGUGUGGACGUGGUCGUAG